CCCAGAGGGAGCGCGUCGGGCCCCAGGGCCCUGGGAGCGCAGCUGAGGACGCGUCUGUGUUCUCUCUGGAGCCGGGUCGGCUCUGCUGCGGUGAGUUCCGAUUAAAGCUUUUGGUAGAAACUACUUAACCUUUUAAGUUUUUGACUUACCUUUAGUGAAGAGGAAAAGCAGCUUGAAGUUUGUAAUAACUAAUACUUUUCAUGGUACGAGAAUUAAUGUGUUAUUAGAAGUUGGUAAAUUUAAAUACUUAGAUGGUACGUGAAGUCAAAAUAGAAUUUUCAUAUGCUUCAUUUUUAGGGAAAUGUUUUACAAUAAUUAGACCCAGUGUAGUCUGUCAUUUUGUUUACUGCUUCAAAUAUGAUUUGUAGUCACCUCAGACUUAACUUUCUUUCAGGUUGUCUUGAACCAAAUCUAGAAUUCCCUUUCCUUUUUUUUAACACCUUUUUUUCUUUAUGGUUCCUGAAUGAUAAACUACACGUAUUUCGGAUGCACAGUUUGAUGAAUUUUGGUAGAUGUACACACGCAUGAAACCACCACCACAAUCAGGGUAUCUCUACACGCUGUUUCUGUAGCUUUUGUGAUCAGCGCCUUAUCCUUGGGUCUUCCUUGGUCAGUGCAUCGAACACAUUAGUUGUGUCUGGUUUAUUUCCCGGCCUGGAGAUUCUGUGACGAAGUGACGCUGAGCGUCGCUCCGCAAACGCUUCCUGGAGGCGACCAGUUAGUUCUGUUGACACUUCAACCGUAGUGUUAUUGUAGGUUUUUCUAGGAGUGGAGAAGACUUUCCACUAAGCCUGCUCUGAAGAAAACGAGGAAAUCAGAAGCAAGCUGCCUUUCCACCGGGGGUGGUUGCCGCUGGCUGGCAGGAAGGGGGCAAGUGCUUGUCUCGGGAAGCUGUCCUGCGUUGGAGAAGGCCUGGUGAGCGUGGGCUGCCCUGGGUCACCGCUCUGAAAUUCGUUGGCAGUGUGGGUCACUCGGGAGCUGUCUGAAGGAUUUCGGUGCCCAGUAAAUUAAGGGUUUAAGGGUCGAGAGGGUCCAGGAGAGAACAGGAAUCGCUCAGUGUUUGCCUGAGCACAGUUUCCUGCUUGAGUGGGCCCUGUGGUUGAAAGUGAACCUUUUCACGCCUGCUUCCGUGCGUUGCAGUGCCAGCCUCCUUCCUGGGCCCGCCACUGAGGACGUGUGGAGCAGGGGCCCUUUGAAUCGCUCUUUUGUGAGGAAGAUCGGUUCUGUACGCAGGCACGGGGCAUAGGAAAGGCGUGUGAAUUUUGAGCCUUAGGCAGAACUACAGAACUGUCGAAGUUGGACUCGGUUGGAUGCUUGCAUCGUGAAAUGGACUUCUCCGUGUUCAGCUUGGCUCCUUGAUCUCUUCACCUGUGCGCGCCCUCUCACCUUUCCAUGGUCUUCAUCCCUCCUGUUACUGCUGCUGCCCAUGAAGGGGUUCGGCUGGAGGCCCCGUAGCCCUUUCCUUCACACAGUUUGGAAUUACCUAUAGGCGACGUGGGUGACGGGCCAGAAGCAACGUCACCGUGAGUGCUCAGCUCUUCAGAGUUUUCCUUCUUCUCUGGGAGGUGGUCGGGUUGAGCCCGGAGCCCUCUCUCAGCUUGAAUCGGCUCUGCCACUUCCUCGCGGUGGAGUCGGCCCCUGCCUCCCCACUUGCAGAGGCGGCUGCCUGCGUCACAGGGUGGCUGUGAGCUCCGGCGAGAGCACAUGUCCCUCAUUGUCACUGUGAUCCUUGUUCCUGCGUGCUCACUGCUCACUGCUCUGGGAGAGAAUCUUUUUAAUAACUAUUGAGAUUUCAGAGUAAUAAAUUGCAGUAAAAUCUAAAAUAGUAUAUGUACAUUAGUUCAAGAGGUGCUUAAAUGGGAUAGAAUUAACAGUAAUAUUUCUUUCAGGCUGUUACUUGGAAGUUUCAGGAAUAAUUUGUUCAGCCCUGGAUAAUGAAAGGAUAGCUUUUGGAAAGGUAAAAUCUUGACUCUCAUGCAGGUGCAAAAUACACGCGUGUCAGAGCAUUAUUUAAUUCAGUGGUUAAUGGGAACCAGUUCCGAGGGAAUUCAGGGCCAGGCGUCCGGGCAGUGAGGGCCGAGGUGCACCAGCACGUCCACCGCGUGGCCGUCAGUUGCAUCCUCACCCGCUGGGCGCCCUGGUCCCUGUCAUUCCUCACCUGUGUCCUGCGGCAGAGCCUCCACGAGGAACAGAGGAGACCUGGGGAGUGGACAGGGGCCCUGGGCAGGCCCUCCAGACAGUUAGGACGUCCAGGAUCCUUCUUGCCUGUGUAAGGUCUUGCACAAGUUUUUGGCCAAAAGAAGAAGAGGACAGAUCCCGGGUAGCAGGAAGACGAAGGUGAGGGUGGGAAGGGCUGGAAACCAGGAGGAGAGGGCGGUUUGGGCCGAAAAAUGCUUCUCCACGCUCCUUUUCACUUUUUAAAGGUUCUGUCAGCAAACCUGCAUUUGUUUUAUUCUUUGACCUCAGCUGGAGAAGUCUUAUUUUAGAAAAAGAGAAUAGAAAAGGACAAGCAGAUGUGAAAACGUCGAUGUGGGUCGGUCUUAUUUCCCUGACUCACUUCGUAUUUUUCAGUCCAAGUCUUCCGUCUCCAUAGAGAAUGGGUUACAAUUCAGGUGAGGAUCCCUAAGAGCAUUUCCUUACUAUCUGUCUACCUUCUGUUUUGUUUCUGUCUAUUAAUGUCACUUUGGGUUUCUUUUAUAAUUAAAAGGCUGGGGGGGACCUAUUUUCAAUUUUUUAAAAAAUGUCGUCAGAGAAGGAGUAACAGGAUUUAAUUAUUCGCUUGUUGAAGAAUUGUGAGUGCUUGUUAGAAAGAACCGUGGUCCCGACGAGUUCCCACAGUGAAGUGGUGAGGUUGCCUUUGGAAGAGGAACCACCCCCGGUGGUGGCAGUGUGGGUGUUUGUGGGAGCGCAGUCGCAUGUACUGGGUGGGUCCCUGAGGGUCCUGCCGUGGCAGCUGGUUCUCUGAGCAGGAGAAGCGGGUGGGGGUGACCCGGGCCGGAGUGCUCUGCCAUGAGUCAGGGCUGGAGGACGGCGCUGUUGGCGCCCGCGCCGUGGGCUGCCGCCUUCCACCACAGGCUGGCCAGCUGGCAGUUACGGGCCUCCCUCGGCUGCUCAGCCCUGAUGCUGCGUACACAUGGUGCCUUGACACCUGUCAAAGUGCUACUAAUUCCUCAGAAAAAAAACUUCGCUUUGGAUUGAGACUAAGGUUUGCUUGUAAAAAGUCAGUAUUUACGAUUUAUUAUACUGAUCGUCACAAAUAUGUGUUCUUUGCACUGCUUAGAUUAUGAGAGACAUUAAAAUUGUAAAAGAAGGUAAAAACUGGUUCAUAUUAAGGAAAAGCCUUCACUAGGUUUUAUUUCUUAAAAGCACUCUUUGCCUAACAUGAGCAUAUUUACAAGUAAUGUUUUUGCAGACAGCAGCUCUGUGGGAGUGUGGGUGCUGAAGCGGCGCACGGCCCUCCUGCUCCGUGCGGCCCGUGGCUGCUCUGUGCCCCUGUCACUGGGGCGCAGUCCCGAGCGGCCAGCUGGUCUCGGUCCCGCGCCACGUGGGUGUGUGAGCAGCGCAGGUCUUGCUUCUCACCAGGCUGGAUUUCCAGCAGAAGGAAGAGGCAGCGUUUUCCUGCUGCGUCCAGAAAGUGAGGAGAGGCGCAGAGUCACUCCUGGUGUGAGUGUGGGAGGGAGGCCGCCUUUGGGGAUUCACAGAAGCACGUCUGUGGGCUGUGGUGCAGGCCUUCGGCCCCGAAACGGCGUGAGACCAAAACAUAGGAGAAGCCCACACCCUGCAGCGAGCUGGCCACUUAAUGCAGCGGGACGCAGGCACUGGAGUGAGAGCUGCGGGUCUGAGCGAUGCGCUCAGGGCGUGGGAGCCGCUUUCCGCUGCCCUUGCACCCGCGGUGAUGCGGCGAUGAUGCCGUGCCUGGUGGGACGCUUUCUCAGGAGGAUUUCUGCUGCCCUGUGGCUCACGGGCCGUCAGCAGGGCGUGCUCGUACUCGAACGUGAGUGCAGGUGUGCCGUCCUGCCUCUGUCCACGUGGUCCGUGUACUGGGUCCCCCGAGACCGGACCUUCCAGGAGGUCCCGUCUCGACUCACACGGCCCUCUGAUGGGUCUUCAGCUUCCGAAACGGUUGAUUCCUUAGCGAAAACACUUCACGGGUUACAGCGUGGGCUGUGUGCUGCUGUCCCCUCCAGCUGGUGUGAACGUGGCUUUGGUUUGUGUUACUCGGCAUAGUUUGCUGUCACUGACUGUUGGCUGCACUCGGUGGGCCAGAGCCUACGAUCCUGCCUCACCUCUCCAGGCUUCGCACCCCGGACCUAGUGUGUCUGCCUCGGCUGAGGCUGCUGUCAAGACCGUUAGCAGUUUCCCACACCCGAGUCACUGCCCGCCCCCCCCCUCAAUUCCUGUCUUUCUAGGUUUGUAGCUGUCACUUUACGCCACGCCUAGGAUUCUCAGGUUCUUGAUUUGACAGCGGAAGCAUCGGCUUCUGUUCUGAAUGUUUACUUGCCCCGUCUCUGAGGCUGUUUCCUCACCGCAAAACGGGAAUCUGUAACUCACUGUGUUACGAGAAUCGAAUAGAACAGUGCUUUUGAAAAGAGUCUGUUAAAUACAAAGAACUAAGUGUAAAGAAUAGAAAUAACAGCAGGUAACCCUUCUGAACGUUUAUUGGUGUCGAGAACCGCGGAGCUUUCCGCGUGCGUUGCUUUCACCCUCAGCGUAUUCCUAAGAGGAAGACACUGUGGCCCUGCCGUCCCCGUGAGCAGACGGCACCUUAGGGAGGCGAAGCUGCGUCCUUGAGGCUACCCAGAAAGCUUAGCAACCCUGCAAGCCCUGUUGGGCACUCCCCGCCCCUGUGGGCGCGCCCACGGAGCGGCACCGCCUCCUGGCGCUGGCGGGCUGUCUGCUUUCUCCAGGUCUCCCGUUCCACAUUUACUUUUAGGUGCCUUCAGCUGUAAGUAGCAGAAAAGAAAAGUUCGUCUUGGUUUAAACAAAAAAGAUACUUAUUUUUUCGUAACAUACGAAGUCCAGAGAUGUUGGUCUCAACGACUGGCUGAGCCAGUGGCUCGGAAACUUCACCGAGACGUGAGGAGCCCAGCUGGCGGGUCUCCUGCCCUUGGCAUGACGCUGAUUUCCUUCCUGACUGCAGGAUGACGUUAGCGAUUUCUAGCGGUGAAGCUGUAGGAAUACGUAGUAAAUAAUCAUGUUACAAUAAAAAUACUGUUGAAACAAUAGUAAUACACAAUAGGUAAUAAAACACAGCGAAGCCUAGGGCAGAAAGACGUGGUCUCUUCUUGAUUUUCCUUAACAGUAUGGGAACCUUUCCCGGAGAUGCUUCCACAGCUCUUUCUUUGGAUGCUGUUGGUCAGAACACAACCCCAGCAGUGAGGGGCACAGAGGGCACGCUUGCUCCGAGUGAUCCGUGUUCACACUCGGGCGGGACGAGUGCCAGGCCGUGCGGGUGGCUUUGUCUGAUCCGGUGGGGAAUGGAUGUCGGGUCACCAGCUAACGGUGCACGUGGGAUCCUCAGGAAAUUAAAACUAGAACUACCACACGAUCCAGCAGUCCUGCAUCUGAGUGCUUAUUCUAAGGAGAUGAAAUCGGGAUCUCGGGGUGACCUGCACCCCAUGUUCACUGCAGCAGGAUUCCCUGUGACCGAGAUCUGGAAACACCUAAAGGUAAAUUUCCCCAGAAGGACUUGGAAGCGCUGUUCCCUGGAAUGAGUGCUGAUUUUACGAGUGAGAACUUUUCGGCUGCCUGGUAUCUGAUAGAGAACCACUCCAGCACCAGUUUUGAGCAGCUCAAGGGAGCGGUCACCCACCUGAAGAGACAGGCUAACAAGAAGAGCGAGGGAAGCCUGGCAUACGUGAAAGGGGGGCUCAGUACCUUCUUCGAGGCCCAGGACGCCCUCUCAGCCAUCCAUCAGAAACUGGAGGCGGACGGCACAGAAAGAGUAGGGGGGUCCAUGACGCAGAGGCUGGAGGACGUUCUGAACAGAGCAAGUAACACGGCGGACACGUUGUUUCAAGAAGUCCUAGGGCGGAAGGACAAGGCCGACUCCACCAGGAACGCCCUCAACGUGCUGCAGAGGUUCAAGUUCCUCUUCAACCUCCCUCUGAACAUUGAGAGGAACAUUCAGAAGGGUGAUUAUGAUGUGGUUAUUAACGAUUAUGAAAAGGCCAAGUCUCUUUUUGGGAAAACAGAGGUGCAAGUUUUCAAGAAAUACUAUGCUGAAGUAGAAAUGCGGAUUGAAGCUUUGAGGGAAUUACUUCUGGAUAAGUUGCUUGAGACGCCGUCGACCUUACAUGACCAGAAACGUUACAUAAGGUACCUGAGCGACCUCCACGCCCCGGGCGACCCUGCGUGGCAGUGCAUCGGAGCCCAGCACCGGUGGAUCCUCCAGCUCAUGGCCCACUGUAGAGAGGGCUGCCUGCCGGACCUCCCAGGGUCGCCAGGCCUGCACGGCGCCGCGCUGGAGCUGGACGGGGACUCGCGGCCCUCCGUGCUGGGCCACCUGGGCCAGACGGCGUCGCUGAAGCGAGGCAGCAGCUCUCAGCCGGGUCGCGAUGACACGUGGAGGGACAGGACCCCGCACCGGGUGGCCUUUGUUGAAAAACUGACCAAGCUUGUCUUGAGUCAGCUGCCCAACUUCUGGAAGCUCUGGGUCUCCUACGUCACCGGAAGUCUCUUCAGCGAGACUGCUGAGAAGUCAGGCCACAUUGAGAGAUCGAAGAACGUAAGGCAGAGACAGAGCGAUUUCAAGAAGAUGACGCAGGAGGUGGUGCACUGCCUGGUGCGGCUGGCCCGUGGGGCCCUGCUCCCGCUCAGCGCCGCGGGGGCCGGCGGCCGGCAGCUCGGGGGCGGGGAGGCAAAGGCCGAGCUCUCGGGACAGUGGCUCGCUCACGCCAUCCAGACCCUGCGGCUGACGUACGAAUCCUUGACCGCUCUCGAGAUUCCUAACGAGCUGUUACAGGCGAUCCAGGACCUCACUCUGGACCUCCGUGUGCGCUGCGUGGUGGUCACGCUGCAGCAGGCGGCCGAAGAAAUAAAGCGGCUGCCGGAGAAGGAAGACUGGGUUGUUGACAGCGAAGGCCUGACUUCCCUACCCUGCCAGUUUGAGCGGUGCGUGGUGCACACCUUGCAGUCGCUGAGAGGGGUCCUGGAGUGCAAGCCCGGAGAAGCCAGCGUCUUCCAGGAGCCUAGGACCCAGGAGGAGGUCUGCCAGCUCAGCACCAACAUCGUGCAGAUUUUCAUACACUGUCUGGAGCAGCUGAGCACCAAGCCCGACGCCGACGUGGACACCGCACAUCUUUCCACAGACGUUUCUUCUCCUGAUUUGUUUGGAAGUAUCCAUGAAGAUUUCACUUUGACUUCUGAGCAGCGACUUUUGAUCGUCCUCAGUAACUGCUGUUACCUGGAGCGUCACACCUUCCGAAACAUCGCAGAACAUUUUGAAAAGCACAACUUCCAGGGAAUAGAAAAAAUAACACAGGUCAGCAUGGCCUCGCUGAAAGAGUUGGACCAGCGACUCUUUGAGAGCUACAUCGAGCUGAAGGCAGACCCCAUCGUCGGCUCCCUGGAGCCAGGCAUUUACGCCGGCUACUUCGACUGGAAGGACUGCCUGCCGCCCACAGGUGUCAGGAACUACCUGAAGGAGGCCGUGGUCAGCAUCAUCGCCGUGCACGCAGAGGUGUUCGCGGUCUCCAAGGAGCUGGUGCCCCGGGUGCUGUGCAGGGUGGUGGAGGCCGUCUCCGAGGAGCUGAGCCGGCUCGUGCAGUGUGCCUCGUCCUUCAGCCGGAACGGAGCCCUACAGGCGAGGCUUGAAAUCUGCGCUCUGAGGGACACUGUGGCUGCUCACCUGACACCUGAAAGCCGGUCCAGUUUCAAGCAGGCUCUGGAAGCCCUGCCGCAGCUCUCGAGUGGAGCAGAUGCAAACCCCUCCCCGCAGAGAAGGAGCUGUCACCUCUGGACCACGGAGCUGGCUUCCAGCCAAACUGCCGACGUCACUGAGAGUCCGCAGGACAGCAGUGCUCCAGCGAUCCCCGCGCCGGCACACCGGCUGUGUGCAGAGCGACCCCGGGCCACGCUGCCCACCCCGCGGAGGAGACAGGGCCCUGGGUUUCCAUCCCUGCAACGGCCCAGAGAGCCGGGCGGGCUCGCGUUCCCGGGAGCCGUCAGCUGUGGGUGGUCGUGUGUGUGUGUGUCCUGUGCUGUCCCGGAGAUCCAGUGGGUCACCGAGCAGGUUGGAGGGGGUGGGAACACAUGCCCCAGCUCCACCGCCCAGGAUGUCGGGCGUGAUGCCUCGGUCCCCCGGCCCCCGCCCCCGGCCCUCGCCAGCACAGCCGCAGGGCCGGCGUGGGGCAGCAGUGGCAUCGGGGCCCCGAGCCUCCCUGCCGUUGUCACUGGAACUGGCGCACCCUCACGUCCUGCUGUCCAGCUCUCUCCCCCCCGGAGCCUUCCAGGUGCUGCAGCCAGAACAGCCCCUCCCCACCAGCCCCACUCCAGCCCCUCCGCUGCCGAGGACAGAACAGGCUGCCGCCAGGGCUCCCUCCGCUCGUGCCCCCUUCCUGCCCGCAAGGCGCCAGCUCUCCUUCCUCCCGAAUGACAUCUGCUCCUGGGGCCAGGGCGGCCAAGGGCUAGGGCAGGCAGGCGGAGGCCCGAGAAGGCCGUGGCUCUGGCCAGGCGGGCAGCCGGGCCUGGGAAUCGGAUGGGGAAGGGUUUGGAAGCCCAGGCCCAGAGCCUGAGUGUGCAGGUCCGGGAGUCAGGGAAGCGAGAAUCACCAUCUGGGGCAGGAGUUAAGGGAUGAAUUCCAGAUAUUUCCAUGAAAGCUGUGACUCGGCUCCAAGCCCACAGAGACCCUCCAGAGGCCCCGGGGACCCCGGUGUCCUCACGCCCCCGGCACCUGGGUCCCGCCUUGAGGGGUAGCCUUGCUGAGGACCACGGCCCAGGCCCCCGGGUCCCUGGACCCACAUCGGGGCCUGUCCGCCCCUGUGAGUCCCGCCCGAGUCUCCGGCCCCGCUGCCGGCCGGACCUCGUCAGGGGCGAGAUGUGUCCGGCGCACUGUGGCCGUCUUCCCUCCGGUCCCUCCCAUGGGUUCCCGUGACGGCUUCUGGAAAGGCCCAGCCCGGGCUCCUGGGUGAGGCCGUCUGCGCCUCACGCCGUGUGUCCCCGCAGCGCCGGCCUUGAAACCACGGAAACCAGGGACCUGGCUGUUUGUUCACAGUGAUUCGUAUGAAACCCUCACGUACCAUCCAA